AUGGCGUCCAACUUUAACGACAUCGUGAAGCAGGGCUACGUGCGGGUCCGCAGCAGGAAGCUGGGGAUAUUCAGGAGGUGUUGGUUGGUUUUCAAGAAGGCUUCUAGCAAAGGACCCAGAAGACUAGAAAAAUUUCCAGAUGAGAAGGCAGCUUAUUUCAGAAACUUUCAUAAGGUAACCGAACUGCACAACAUUAAAAACAUCACCAGACUGCCUCGGGAGACAAAGAAGCAUGCAGUAGCAAUUAUCUUUCAUGAUGAGACGUCAAAGACAUUUGCCUGUGAGUCAGAGCUGGAGGCAGAGGAGUGGUGCAAACGUCUCUGUGCAGAAUGUCUAGGAACCCGGCUGAAUGACAUAAGUCUCGGGGAGCCUGAUUUGCUGGCGGCGGGGGUUCAGCGGGAGCAAGAUGAGAGAUUCAACGUGUACCUAAUGCCCACGCCCAACCUAGACAUCUACGGGGAGUGCACCAUGCAAAUCACCCACGAGAAUAUCUAUCUCUGGGAUAUCCACAACGCCAAGGCCAAGCUGGUGAUGUGGCCGCUCAGCUCCCUGAGGCGUUACGGGCGAGACUCCACGUGGUUCACCUUUGAGUCGGGAAGGAUGUGUGACACAGGCGAGGGGCUGUUCACCUUUCAGACCAGGGAAGGAGAACUCAUCUAUCAGAAGGUCCACUCGGCGACCCUGGCGAUAGCGGAGCAGCACGAACGCUUGAUGCUGGAGAUGGAGCAAAAGGCCCGGCUUCAGACCAGUUUGACGGAACCAAUGGCGCUGUCCAAGUCCAUCUCUCUCCCCCGGAGCGCCUACUGGCAUCACAUCACUCGGCAGAGCAGUGUCGGAGAAAUCUACAGUUUACAAGGUCACAGUUUCGGCUCCACAAAGAUGUCCCGGGCCCAGACGUUCCCCAGCUACGCCCCUGAGCAGAGCGAGGAGCUGCAGCAGCCCCUGUCGCGGUCGAGCAGCUACGGGUUCAGCUACAGCUCCAGCCUCAUCCAAUGACACCCAGAGAGCUGAGCUGCCGCCGACCAGAGACAGUCUAGCCCGGAGCCUGCCUGCGGGGCCGGGAGCCUGUCCGCGCCCCGCCCUCUGCGGUCACAGGAAACCAACUGCACUCUCCGUCCUAGUCCCGUAGCAGUCGAAGGUUCCAAACUGGAGUUGUGCUUCGUUGAGUCGAGGGCCGAGGCUUUUAUUUAUUGAAUAUUUUGGGGGAUCCAUGCUAAAACCUUUGAGGUGGAAGGGAGUCAUUUCAGCCAAUGGAAACCUGAAGGUGUGCAGUGGCUCGGCCUGGUGGACACGGCCCGGACCACCUGGGAGCCCGACAUCCCUCCCCCACCCCGGGUCAGGGUCUCGCUGGCUGCCGCCACUUGGACCUAAGCUGUCCGGUGGCUGUCCUGUGGCGGGGCUGGCUCGGACCUCUGGGGAGCUGUGGGAGCUGACCAGAACAGAGUCGGUGACCGUUCCCUAUAGCGUCAUAGCUGUCCAUAGUUAAAUCCACUGCUAGUCAAGGUCCCAGGAAAUGACAAAACCCACAUUUAGGCAGGACCCCUUAGCUCAACUCUGUGUGUCUGUAUGUGUGUGUGUGUGUGUGUGUGUGGAAGGGUGUGAGAGAGUGUGUGCGUGUGUAUGUGUGUGCGUGUGUAGAAAAAAUAUAGAUCUGGGUAUCGGUCUAUCCAUCUAUAUAUAUGAGUAUCUAUAAAAUGUGUGCUGAGGGUGACAGGUUAUGCUCACUUAAAUCGUUGACAAAUGUAAUUUGGUGCAUUAAAACCAAGAUUGUUAUGUCGAAUAUCUAUUUUUAAAUUAGUGCUGUAAAAAGGCUUCUCUCUCACUCACCCAAGUGUUUAUGUAGUCAAGUCUGCUGUCACAAAUCCAGUGGGGCUGAGAGAGGGAGAGGGUGGCAGAACCAGCAAGGCCCCUCGGAGCCCCUCACACCCAAGCUGCCCCUCCCUGCCUUUCUGGGGAGAGAUGUCUCGGCUUCUGAUGGCCUGGUCCAGUCCAAAGUCAGCAAUUUGAGCCAUGUUACAAGGACCUGCUGCAUCACUGAGCGGCUCUCUGCUGAACCUCUAGAAAUUCAGAGCAAUGAUGGGGAAGGGAAGGGGAAAUUGAAUCCAAGAUAAGCUGGCUUGGGAGCAGAGCUGGAGGCAGUGAAUAGAUCAUGGGAAAGACACCCCCAUAGGAGUAGAGACAUUUAUUUGAAUUUUCAAAAAUGGCGUGAACUUUUUCACGCAGACUGUGAUGCUCUCAAGUCCUCAACAAGAAAAGGGCUUUGCUUGAGACCUUUGGCCAGAUCAGACCUCAGGCAUGCUUCCUGGUGGAGAGAUGGCAAAGGGUUUCUGAGAAACCCAUUUUAUUCUCCUCGAGGCCAGGGGCACUCCACCAAAAAAGGAGGAAAAACCUGGCAGUAAUCUAGGGGGCCUGGGGUUCAUGGACCAGUGAGCUGGAUAAUUCAAGAAAAAAAUAAUCCCAUUUCCCUCUAUUGUUCAACCAAUUCACAGAGAAGCCAGGUUGCAUAAACCUGAAUGACCCGCUAGCUCUGUUGUCAGGGUUUUUGUCUAUUAAUUCCAUUGUACUCUCCCAGGUGUUUAGU